AUGAGGAUUCCUAUUGCUGUGCAGCUGGCGCUGCUCGUGUUACUCACCGCGGUGUCCGGGAUUGCUGUGCUGGCGAUUGCAACGUGGUUUACAACGUAUGAUUUCAUAGUCGGCGUUGAGUCGCAGGGCCUCGAGCUCGUCGCAACCAUCAAGGCGAGCCAGAUUGCCUCAAAUCUGGAUCUCCUGGAAACAACGUGUAAGACAUUCGCCACACGCAUUUUAAUUCAAUCGGCCUUGAGACGCUACUACGCUGGGAAUUCCUCGGCCGAGAACUGGACGAAUUCCAUAGCAGAUGUCCAAUCCGCGCUGGGGGGCAGGGGGUACCUCAGUCUUUACCAGGCUAUCAUCUACUCCAAAAAUGGCGAGGAAGGAGUUGAGAGUUUACUAAAUGUGACGAGUGAUACAGUUCCCGACAUCACUCUUCCCUAUACCUAUCCGAAUGGGACUUCCGUGAAGCUGGGACAUCCUGGACUGGGCUACCCUCCCUCUUUGUACCCGAACCUAACGUAUCGCGCAACGGGCAAAGGUGCAAACCCCACGGUCUACGCGUUCGCCGAUUAUACAUUUGGAUUAGCAUCGGCCCUGCUUCUAGGGCCGCUCAAAGUCAACUCAUCCUUCUCACUCGUAUCUUUGACUUUACCGAUCGUUAACAACACCUCCAAUACCGAGAUCCUGGGAUUCAUGACUGUGGUUGCGAGUGCCGCGAAUCUCCAAAAUGUGAUCAGCUCCCGAGAUGGAUUGGGAAACAGUGGCCAAGUGCUUCUUUUAGGACCCAACCGAUCGGCAAAUGUCUUUUCUUCGGCCGAUCAACCUGCCACGUCUACAUCUGGCGCCCAGACCGAGGCUUUGCAUGGAGCACAGGUCCAUUAUGUUUUCGAGCCAACGCCUUUGCCCACUCAAGCCAGCCGACACGCGGGAAUGUCAACCGAUACUCCAUUUGUACUCUCCACAUACCCUUUGGCCCUGCGAGUGAUGCUGGAGUCGUACCCAGAUGAAAGCAAAGCCAUCAGCGACCUGUCCACGACCAAUGAGCGGGGGAUUCGGGUUGCAGUAGGCGCUGUCCGUCCACAAAAUUCUCUCGUCCAGUGGAUUUUGCUUGUCGAGGAAUCUCAGUCAGAAGCCUUUGCUCCAGUGGCUCGACUGCGGAAAAUCAUCAUCGCCUGCGUUUUCGGCACAGCGGGCGCGAUCAUCAUUCUUGUUCCCCUGCUAACACAUUGGGCUGUUGCUCCGAUCAGAAGGCUACGAGCGGCAGCCCAGAAAUCAGUUGAACCUGAAAUUGAAGCCCCACCUGCGUCCCAGUCUCGAGUUACUGGAGAUGAACGUGAGCCAGGAGAGGCGGUUGAGAGGAUCGAGGAGCACAUGGACGAGAAAGGGUCUCCGGCGACAUGGGUCAAACGCCUAAGACGACCCUCAGGAUGGCUAAAUAGCUCGACAAGCAUCGGGCAUUCUGGACCUACUCGCGGAUUUCAAAUUCCAGAGAGAGUGAAAGAGCGCAAGCAUUGCGUCACCGAUGAAUUGACGGAGUUGACCAAAACAUACAACGCAAUGUCGGACGAGCUGACCAUCCAGUAUGCACGACUAGAAGAGCGAGUAGUCGAGCGAACCCGAGAGCUUGAAAAAGCCAAAUCGGCGGCGGAAACUGCCAACGAGAGCAAAACAUUGUUUAUUGCCAACAUUUCCCAUGAGCUGAAAACCCCCCUGAAUGGCAUCCUGGGCAUGUGUGCAGUAUGCAUGGGGGAGGAUGACUUAUCUCGAAUCAAAAAGUCGCUUCAAGUGGUUUACCAGUCUGGCGAUCUUCUACUACACCUCCUCAACGACUUGCUCACGUUCAGCAAGAAUCAAAUUGACCAAGCGAUUCAAAUCGAGGAGAAGGAAUUCAAGAUUUCCGAUGUGCGGUCACAACUGGCCAUCAUCUUCCAAAACCAGGUUAACGAAAAACAUAUUGACUUCAGUGUGAAUUUUGUCUCCGGGGACAACAGUGAUCCCCAGGGCACCGUGUGCCGUGAGGGAGCGUCAGAUCACCCCAAACUGACACCAGCCCAACCCCGACUGGCAGACAUGAUACUGUGGGGCGACCAGCAUCGCAUCCUGCAGGUGCUGAUAAAUUUGGUUAGCAACAGUCUCAAAUUUACACCAGAGAAUGGGAAAGUGGAGGUUCGCAUCCGCCUAGUGGACGAGGUCUCGAGCAUUGAUGGCAUUGCCCCUCUAAGGAAUGUGCCCGGACGAUCCUCUAAACUGCGCUCCCAAUCCGUAUCCAGUGCAAGCUCGUCCAUCCGCAACACUGCAGGCGCGAGUGAAGGCCAGGGCGAAGGCCAAAGGACGUCUAAGCCCAACCUUCGGCAAAUGAUGUUCCAAUUUGAGGUUGAAGACAAUGGACCAGGCAUACCCAGCCACUUACAAAGGCGGAUAUUUGACCCUUUUGUACAAGGGGACUUGGGGUUGAAUCGCAAGUACGGCGGGACUGGCCUGGGUCUCAGUAUAUGUGCGCAAUUGUCUCACAUCAUGGGAGGCGUAAUUUUGCUCGAUAGCAAAGAAGCUGAAGGGUCAUUGUUCACUCUGAAAAUCCCACUGGGAUAUGUGAGAGAAGUGAUCCCAAGUCCGCGCACCGGAAGCGUCCCUGGAUCACGGACCCCCAGCGUUCUUUCGCUGGAGGAUUUCUCCAAUGCAGUCCGCACGCCCUCAAAUCAUGGUUCAAUACGAAAUGAUACCCAUGCGCCGGGGUUUGAGAAAUCAGAGAUCCAACCUCGUUUGGUAGGCCUUAGCCAACCAUUCUUCGCGCCAACUGUUCCGAAGACCCCUCCACCCACCAGUGGCAAUAUAUCACCAAACCAUAGUUCCAUCGAUAGGGGAGAUGGUUCAAAAAAGAUCCGUGUUCUGGUAGCUGAGGAUAAUACCGUUAAUCAGGAAGUUGUCAGACGAAUGCUUGCCCUUGAGGAGGUCUACGACGUCACAAUUGUCAAGGAUGGCCAAGAGGCAUAUGAUACUGUCAAGUCAAACAUGGAAAAAGGCGAAGUUUUUGACCUGAUAUUCAUGGACAUCCAGAUGCCUGUACUCGAUGGACUCGAGAGCACUCGGCUUAUCCGGCAGAUGGGGUACUCUGCUCCUAUUGUGGCACUCAGCGCCUUUGCCGAGGAAAGCAAUAUCAAAGACUGCAUGGAUUGUGGAAUGGAUAUGUUUAUAAGCAAACCUAUCCGAAGACCCGCCUUGAAGCAAGUCCUCAGCAAGUUUUCCACCAUUAUCGAGGAGGCUGAAAACGGAGGGUGA